AUGUCGUCGACGCCGUCCUCACGCCGCCGAGGGCAUUCCUCUCGGAAUUCUCAGUCCUCCACUCCCGCUCAACAAUCCCAAUCCACUCCCAGGACUACAAGACGAGCACCCAACGGGACUUCCGCAGUUGCAUCCUCCUCGCCUUUUUCCUUCCAUUCGUCUCCUGCUCGAGCAACUCCCGCACCGCCCUCCCAGCUGGCAAGCGAUGCGAUGCUCAUCAGUUCUCCUCCCCGACACUCUUCCGAGGUCGGUGACCGUGAGGCAACUCCUCGCGCGUCCAACCGACUGAUGGCAGAUUCGUCCCCAGUCCGAUACGAUCCCAGCUCGAGCCCGGUACGAAGUUCUCAGCAACUCCGAUCCGACCUUGGCAGCAGCAGCAGUGCCCUUUUUGUCCGCCAGGACCACCAACCAAGAAUAUCCUCACGGAGAGGGGACAUCCAUUCUGAUGCAUUUGCGCCCUCGCAAGCUCCACGUCGUCGAAUCUACAUUGGCGAGGAUGGCAUGCCCAUUCGGGACGGAAACGAUCCGAAUUCAGAGGCGACGUUCUCAAACAUCAAUCCUGACACGUCCGAGGCCGAUGCAAUGGGCGGUGACUCGACCAGAGUCAUCUGGGGCACCAAUAUAUCAGUUGUUGACUCUAUGGCCUCGUUCAAGAACUUUCUCUACAAUUAUGCUAAGAAAUAUCGCAUGUGGGCUGACGGGGCCACCGAGCAAGAAACGCGUGCUCUCGGAGCGGUAGCGGAUGAAAAGGAGUAUCUGACAAUGCUUCAGAAUAUGAGAAGAAUGGGUAUUCACCCGCUAAAUCUGGACGCCCGCAAUCUGAAAGCAUAUCCUGCGACCUUGAAGCUGUGGCAUCAGCUCCAGGCUUAUCCUCAGGAAAUCAUUCCCUUAAUGGAUCAAGCCGUCAAGGAUGUCAUGGUGGAAUUGGCCCAGAAGGAGAUGCAAGAAUUACGUCGCGCACAGACCCUUGGUCCUGCCUUGCACGCGGCAAAUGGGAGCUCAAUGCCUCCUAUGCCUUCUUCCACCGGACCUGUUGCUGACGAAAUUCCCGAUCUUGUCGAGGAAGCAGAGAUGCAACCUUGGAAGGUAAUGCCAUUUGGCCUGGACAAGACCAUCAACAUGCGCGAACUCGACCCCGCGGACAUUGACAAGUUGAUCGCGGUCAAAGGACUGGUCAUUCGGACAACCCCGGUCAUUCCCGACAUGAAGGAGGCCUUCUUUAAAUGCACCGUCUGCCAACAUACGCUGUACGUGUCCAUCGACCGUGGAAAGAUUGCAGAACCGACCGAGUGCCCGCGGCCCGCUUGUAAAUCCAAGGACAGCAUGGAGAUUAUCCACAAUCGUUGUAUAUUUGCGGAUAAACAGGUGAUCAAGUUGCAAGAGACGCCGGACUCGGUGCCGGACGGACAGACGCCUCAUAGUGUGUCUCUUUGCGUGUAUGAUGACCUCGUCGAUGUCUGCAAAGCGGGUGACAGAAUUGAGGUCACUGGCAUUUUCCGAAGCAACCCAGUCCGUGUCAAUCCCCGACAACGCACCGUCAGAGCGCUGUUCAAAACUUAUGUGGAUGUCCUCCACGUGCAAAAGGUCGACAAACGCAAACUGGGUAUUGACGUGUCGACCAUUGAGCAAGAGCUUUCGGAGCAGGUUGCCGGUGAUGUUGAGCAGACACGAAAAGUGACUGCCGAGGAGGAAGCCAAGAUCAAGGAAACCGCCGCCCGCGAAGACAUCUAUGAGCUCCUGUCGAGGAGUCUGGCUCCGAGCAUCUAUGAGCUGGAAGAUGUCAAGAAAGGCAUCCUCCUACAACUGUUCGGCGGCACGAACAAGACUUUCGCAAAAGGUGGCAGCCCCAGAUACAGAGGCGACAUCAAUGUCUUGCUGUGCGGUGAUCCAUCCACUUCCAAGUCCCAGCUCCUGCAAUACGUCCACAAGAUCGCGCCUCGAGGAGUCUAUACAUCUGGAAAGGGCUCCUCAGCAGUUGGUCUAACAGCGUACGUGACCCGGGACCCUGAAUCCAAACAGCUCGUCCUGGAAUCCGGAGCUUUGGUCCUUUCCGAUGGCGGCGUCUGCUGCAUUGACGAGUUCGACAAGAUGAACGAGUCUACUCGCUCCGUGCUGCACGAAGUCAUGGAACAGCAAACCGUCUCCAUUGCGAAAGCGGGCAUCAUCACCACCUUGAACGCAAGGACAAGCAUCCUAGCCUCAGCCAACCCCAUCGGGAGCAAGUACAACCCGAAUCUCCCAGUGCCCCAGAAUAUUGAUCUUCCCCCAACGCUGCUGUCGAGGUUCGAUCUCGUGUACCUCGUACUGGAUCGCAUUGAUGAAGUAAAUGAUCGGAGACUUGCGAAGCAUUUGGUCGGCAUGUACCUCGAAGACACGCCCGACAAUGCGUCGAGGGAGGAGAUCUUGCCCAUUGAAUUCCUUACCUCGUAUAUCUCGUACGCCCGCAACAACGUCCACCCCAGUAUCACGCCUCCGGCGGCGAACGCCCUCACCAACGCCUAUGUUGCCAUGCGCAAUCUCGGCUCCAACAUCCAGUCCUCGGAGAAACGCAUCACCGCCACCACUCGCCAGCUGGAAUCCAUGAUUCGUCUGUCCGAAGCGCACGCUAAGAUGAGACUCUCGCCUACCGUGGAAGAGCAGGACGUCAACGAAGCGGUGAGAUUGAUCAAGUCGGCCAUCAAGGCAAGCGCCACGGAUGCACGGACAGGCUUAAUCGACAUGGGCUUGUUGAGUGAGGGCGGUAGUGUCAGCGAUAGGCGGAGGAGAGAAGAUCUCAAACGAGCAGUAAUCGAAGUGCUGGAUAUGGACAGUGCUAUCCGUAGCGGCGGAGCUAUGAGGUACACGGAUCUUUAUCGAAAGGUUGCCGAGGGCAGCAGCCUCGAGGUGGAAGGCACCGAGUUCAACGAGGUCGUCAAGGCGCUGGAAGUCGACGGCAAAAUCAUGGUGACCGGCGAGGGAGCCAGGAGAUCCGUGCGGCGGAUCACGGGCGUCUGA